AUGGAACCGUUUAAGUCUGAAGGGGUAUCUAGGUGUUUGUGUCAAAAGUGUCGGCUGACUAAGUGGUUAGGACCUGCGGAUAUAACACUCCACCUCUGUCGUAACGGGUUCAAGGAUGGAUAUUGGAUGUGGACAGAACAAGAAAAAGUGGACAAGCAGGGAAUUAACCAGUCUGCCUCGAAUUUGAAUAGGUUCGACGGUCGAUCAACGAGAGUUCAGGUGGUGAGAGAACUAAACAUGAAAGAAAUGACUUGGGAGGGUAACCAAGAGAGAUAUAAUGAGAUACUAUUUGUUGCAACAAGUGUUAUGGAAUUAGAAGAGGCUGAACAAGAGCCUAACCCAGAGGCAAAGAGAUUUUAUCAUCUGUUAGAAUCUGCUGCAAAACCUUUGUUCGAAGGGUGCUUUCAUUCGGAGUUGUCUGUAUGUGUUACAAUGAUGAGUAUUAAGUCAGAGUCAAAUUAUAUCCAAAAGUCUUUUGAUAAGUGGACCACACUUUGCAACGAUCUGGUGUCUGUCGGGACAACGGGCAUUCCUCGAAACCACUACGAAGCAAAGAAGUUAGUUUCAAAAUUGGGUCUAAAUUUGGUAAAAAUUUAUUGUUGUUUGAAUGGUUGUAUGCUAUAUUACAAGAGGGAUAUAGACCUAACUGAAUGCAGAUUUUGUAGAUCACCGAGGUUCCAAGUUGAGAGAGAACAGAUUGGUAAACGUCGGUUAAAGAGAGUUUCAAUGAAACGGAUGCACUACUUGCCCUUAAUCCAUAUGUUGAAACGAUUGUAUACAUCGAUGUGUUCGGCCCCUCACAUGACCUGGCAUAGUAACAACAAGAGAGAUGAUGAAAUCAUGACGCAUCCGUCACACGGAGAAGCUUGGAAGCAUUUUGAUUAG